AUGGCUUUGUCAGACGCAGAGUGCCUCGUCGCGCCCACUUCGCAUGACGACCAAGAGUUACUGGCCAAAGCGAAGGAACACCCGACCUACUACCAGCUCACGAAGGAGGAGCAGCAGCGUCACCAGAUGGUCUCUGUUUGGCUGGAGCCGGGCGACUGCCUCUUUUUCAAAGAGGGAGUCGUGCACAGCUCCCCGGCCGCAGCCAAGCUCCGGGUGGUCACCUACGCGAAGUUUGCGCCGCUGCCGCCAUGA